AUGCUGGAAUUUUUCGCUGCGCUAGCCGGCUCUUGGGAAGAUCCGGCGAUGGACAGCAUCGACGGGGAAUCUAAAACCAGCAAGAGAGGCCUGCGUCCGGAAACUCUAAAGCUGAUACGUCAGCGUGGGGCUGCAGGCAAUGAAGAACUCUCGUCCGAGCUCGCAAGGACAGCCAUGCGAGCUGACCACAUUCACACUGUUUCGAAACUCAAGGUAUCGCAAGAGUACAAGUUGCUGCUAUGUCUCACCUUUGUCAAAUUAAAGAAGGCCUUUGGCUUAGCUGAGACGGUCAACGACGGAAGCGAUUGUAGAAGCGUUGGACAACCAAGGCAGCGCAGAAAUGAAAUACGUCUGUGUGUUCCUGUCGCUGCACUUAUUUCUGCGUUCUUCCUACUUUUUCUCUAUCAUCUUAUCCAACUAACAUGGAUAGCUAUCUAUCAUGAGCAAAACAGAUCCAUCCGUAUUUUCGAACAACUUUUUUCCGGAUUUCUGUCGUUUUUCACCCCAUGGAUCCUUCUGCUGACGAAUUCUUAUAUUGCCAGCCUAUUUAGGGUUUCUAAGGUAGAACCUCUAACUAUAAAAACCACUCAGAACAUAACGGAAUCGAUUGUUCGAAGGCAAAAUGGACAAAAAUAA